AUGUUCAUUCUAACGAGCCUCAUGCUCCUUGCCCUGGCCGCUGGAUGUGCCUUCGCAAUUCCUAUCUCCGUACAGAGCGAUCUUGGACGGCAUAUCAACAGCAAGCGAUGGGAGGCAGGACCGGUGCUUGAUGAAGCCAACUUCCCAGACCCAAGCGUUAUCCUCAUCGCAAAGUCCACCGACUUUCUGUCAUGGCAGAUCAUCAAGAACAGCAACGGCUCGCAGAGGGAUGCGUUGCCAGUUCUUCCGGCAUGGGUGGAUGCUUCCUCGCCGGAUACGUGGGCGCCAGAUGUCGUGCAGCUGGAUGACGGAAGCUUCGUGAUGUACUACGCCGCCACGACUGCAGACUACCCAAACAUCCACUGCAUCGGUGCCGCUACUUCAGACACGGUGCUAGGUCCUUAUGUCGCGCAAAAGAGCCCACUCAUCUGUCCAGUCUCCCUCGGCGGUGCAAUCGAUGCUUCAGGCUACGACGACAACGGCCAGCGGUACAUUGUGUACAAGAUUGACGGCAAUGCUAUGGGCCACGGAGGACCAUGCGGCAACACAAAAGCACCAAUCGUCCGCACACCCCUCGUCCUCCAACCUGUUGCCCGAGACGGCAUCACCCUCCAGUCCAGAGCUACCGUCCUCCUGGACAACAACGGAGCAGCAGACCAAGGAGUCAUCGAAGCUCCAUCCCUUACCAAAUCCGGCAACACAUGGAUCCUGUACUUCUCCUCCGGCUGCUUUGUGACGCACAACUACACCGUCAGCUACGCCACCGCCGACUCGAUCACGGGACCGUAUAAACGGGCGGAGCGUCCGCUGUUCGAGACGGGUGACUAUGAUCUAGAUGGGCCGGGCGGGAUGUCGGUGUUCGGGGAUGGGAAGCAUAUGGUUUUUCACGGAUGGAAGGGGGAUGGGGGGACGCUGUACUCUGCCGUGGUGGGGACGAUUGACGGGCAGACUGCGGAGGAGGAAGGCCUUGGUGAGCCACAGGACGAGCGGCGCACGGCUUGGUCGUCGCUGUCGUUGACUGGGCUAUUGACGCGGCUUUUGCAUAAGUGGUAG